CGUAGUGUCAUGGCAAUUUGCCAUCAUCAUGUGCGUGCUAGUCACCUACGCCGAUAAUGGCAUGGCCACACUUGUGCCGUGUCGUGUGUGGUGGUGAUUGGCGAGCCCGUCGCCUCAGCUAUUAUAAACGCACACGCCCUGCUGCCUAUCCAUCCUAGCGUGGACGCGUCAGACCUCUUGUCCGGAGAGGCUCGGCUUGUGUGUGAGAGGGGAUAGCGAGCGCAGGGAAGGAGGAGGGAGAGAUGGCGCCGUUGAAGCUGUACGGGAUGCCGCUGUCGCCCAACGUCGUGCGCGUGGCGACGGCGCUCAACGAGAAGGGCCUCGACUUCGAGAUCGUCCCCAUCGACCUCCGCACCGGCGCGCACAAGCAGCCCGAAUUCCUCGCCCUCAACCCCUUUGGCCAGAUCCCUGCGCUGGAGGACGGCGAUGAAGUUCUCUACGAGUCCCGUGCGAUCAACCGCUACAUCGCGACCAAGUACAAGUCCGACGGCCCGGACCUUGUCCCGACGCCGUCGGCCAAGCUGGAGGUGUGGCUGGAGGUGGAGUCGCAGCACUUCUACCCGAACGUAUCCCCUCUGGUGUUCCAGCUCCUCAUCAAGCCCCUGUUGGGCGGCGCCCCCGAUCCGGAGGUGGUGGACAAGCACGCCCACGAGCUGGCCAAGGUGCUGGACAUCUACGAGGCGCACCUGGCCCAGAACAAGUACCUCGCCGGGGACGAGUUCACGCUCGCCGACCUCAACCACAUGUCCUACCUGCUGUACCUCAGCAAGACGCCCAAGGCGGAGCUCGUGACGUCCAGGCCCCACGUCAAGGCGUGGUGGGAGGACAUCUCGGCGCGCCCCGCGUUCCAGAAGACCGUCGCCGCCAUUCCCCUGCCGUCCGCUUGAGCUGACUCAGCCUCGAGGUUGCCGGCGGUGCCCAGUGUGCCGGUGGACGUUAUUGACGUCUGCUCGAGUCAGUCGAAUAAAGUGUCGUGUUCUCUGUAGUACACCGUUUUGUGUGUUUUAUCACUCGUUGGACGGGCUCGACUCUGGCUUA